GACACUAACGCGUUUGGAGUGAAAGUAUCUUACAAGCACAAGUUAAACACAACACUUAUGGAAAGGCGAGGUACACACAGCUGGACCUGACUGGAGUAUAUACGUCUGGAAUUACUGCGACAGUGAAUGGAUCGCAGCGAAAACGCCUGACUCGCGCGCAGCUCCGUUAGGAUUAUUAAUAUGAUUUUAAAUUGCAGGCGCAGCUAAGUUUUUUAGGUGUUUCCUGCAACUUCAUGCUGAACAAAAUGUAAAGGGACCGUCAGUGUAGUGCCUUCCAAACCUCGUACGUUUUUCUUUUUCCAUCCUCCAGGGAUUUUGUUUGAUGUGAAAUAUGUACUGAGUGAUCAAUUCAAUCACACUUCAAGAGGAGAAACCUGCAACCUGUUGCUCUUUUUAAAAAUCACAUGUUGCUUCUUAAGCAUCCUACGGAUAUUUAUAACACUAUAUUAAGACAUUCUGGAUGCGCGCUGAACGCGCAAAUGGACUUAUGACAUGCGGUUAUGGUGCCAUGGUGGCAGAAGUUAAAAUGAGGUCUUUUGGCGAGCAGUUGGUGCGCUCAGAAUGGCCCGGGAGGAUUCGGUGAAGUGUCUGCGCUGUCUGCUCUACGCGCUCAACUUUCUCUUCUGGCUUAUGGCCCUGUGUGUGCUGGGAGUGUCCGCCUGCCUCAGGGAUCACCUGAACAAUGUGCUCACCUUAACCGCCGACACCAGACUGGAGGAGGCAGCCAUUCUCACAUACUCCCCCGUCGUCCAUCCUGUCGUCAUCGCCGCGUGCUGUUUUCUAAUCAUCGUGGCUAUGGUGGGCUACUGUGGCACGCUCAAGUGCAAUCUGCUUCUACUGUCUUGGUAUUUUGGCAGUCUGAUGGUGAUAUUCUGCGUGGAGCUGGCCAGCGGAGUGUGGACGUAUGACGAGCCUAUGGUACAGAGGUCUGAUAUGAUAAGUCUAAAGUCUCGUAUGCCUCAUUUCGGCCUGCAGCGCUACCAGUGGCUCACACAUGCCUGGAACGCUUUACAAACAGAGUUAAAGUGUUGUGGAGUGAUCUACUUCACUGACUGGCUGGAAAUGACAGAGAUGGAGUGGCCACCUGACUCCUGCUGCUCCAAUCAGUAUCCAGGAUGUGCCCGCCACGCCCACUACCAUGACCUCAGUGACCUUUACCAGGAGGGUUGUGGUCCCAAGAUCUACAGUUUUAUCCGUGGCACCAAACAGCUGCAGGUGCUGAGGUUUUUGGGCGUGUCGAUUGGCGUGGCUCAGAUCUUAGCCAUGACGUUGACUGUGACACUCCUAUGGGCUCUUUAUUAUGACCACAAACCACCUGACCCAGCAUCCCCAGAUGCUUUAAUCCACACGCACAGCUCCUCAGAAGAUGCCCUGAAGCCCAGCCACUCACAUCCACGAGUGCCUGAGGCCUGGGCCAAUGCACCCGCUAAUGGACACACCCAGUUUGAGAUGGAGGAACUUUCCUAGCAGUGACUUCACGGUGACCCAUCGGUUACUUCAACACCGCGGAGACACUAAAAAUGACACUGAAUGGAUCGGACAGCAGCAGCUGAACUGGACCAGAAAAUAGACCUUGUGGAUUAUGAAGUAGUUCUGGGUGCCUCGAUAAUAAGAUUUAGAUGGUGUGAACAGUUUUAGAGAAAACUUUAUAUACCUGUGGAUAAAGCAGCUUUUGUGGUCAUCACAUGGAAGAUGAAGAGGAUUUACUGUGUUCUUCCUGAAUAAAGCCACUGCCUCUGUCUCUACAGACUUGAAUUCUCCUGAGGGAGGCUUCUGGAAUGAACCGUUUUCGCUUUUUUUCUUCUUUCCUCUCAGUGAAAUGCCCCAUCACCACUUACACUGACCUAGUUGAUGCACACUAUGAUUUUGGCCACUAUUUUGCCAUGUGAGACAAGAAUUGUAAAAGAUUUAUUUAAUCAUAGUCCAAAAUCAAUUUGCAUUAUGGCAUUCUCUUCAUGUUAUGAUCACAAUUUACCUCACAUUUGUUCAGAAGAAUUCACAAAUUCCUUCUUUCACCAAGCUACGUCAGACUUCAAACACUCCGACUUUUAUUCUCCUUUACUAGCAUAAAGGUUUGUGUGACUUUUACACAAGAUCUCACCUAGCUCAUAUUGUGAAAUCUGACACACACAAAAUAGUGUAUGUAUGUAUAUGUGUGUGUGUGUGUGUGUGUGUGUGUGUGUGUGUGUGUGUGUGUAUAUAUAUGUAUGUGUAUAUAUAUUAUGCACACACAUGGAAACACACAUGGAGACAAGUUUGAGUCUUAAUGUACAUCGUGAAGUUACUAGGAUACUUUUGUGCAGAUUUUCAUGUCUUAAUUUAACAGCUCCGUGAUAAGAUUCAAAUGGACUGCUGCAUUAAAGAGUGUUUUAGAUCUCAAAAGUAGUAUGAAUUUUCUAUGCAGUAAUAGUCUGCAGAUAAAAUACGUUAUAAUAGGGUUAAACUCUGCUGAAAGUUUGAGAAACCUCUUGCAUGUGAAUCACAGUGCAUUAAACACGUCGAGAUAAUGUUACUCAAAGUGUGUGUUUGUUCACAGCCACAUUUCAGCUAAACUAACAUGUACACUGAGAAGUUAAUUUAUUAGUUUGUUUAUUUUUUUAUCAUGGAUGAAUCAAAUGAGGUUGAGGAUGAGGUCUUGAACACCAACCAGUUUAGGGUUGGACAAUAAAAAUAGAUGUAUUAAACAGUA